AUGACACAAUUGGCUAUUUCAGAAAAACACAGAAGACCGCUGACUAAAGUAUCAGUAACAUCUAUUUGGCCACUCAACAACCGUUCAUGUGGUUAUGAAGCAACAAAAGUUGUUAAACCCGACAGCACCCCUGGUUCAUGCAGUAGCUGGAUUUCCCUAUCAACUUCAAUGGUUGGUUUGGAGGAGCCAUCAGUGGCAACUUUAAAAUCCACAGAUUACAUCAACACUACAAUUAGUGAUAAUUGGUCGUUUGAUCGAUUUAGUAUUGCAAUGUUUGUUCAAGUAUCAAAAGUAACUGAUAAGCCUGAUAAACCAAUUAUACAUGUUCGUUUUCCUUAUGGUUACUUUGAAAGUCUAACAGUUAAAAUUGAUAAGAACAAUAUAAUAAUACUAUUGUCAACUGAAGAGACAAUUUCUCAAAAUAUUGGUAACAUGGCAACUUGGCACUUCAUUGCUGUCCAAUAUAAUCAUGACUGGGAGGAACUAUCUCUAAUUAUUGAUGAUAGGUUUUAUAAAACGGAUUUUCCUACAAAUAAUUCAACUUCCUAUACGACAUCUGAUGUUAAACUAGACAUUGGUGGUUUUGAAGGAAACAUUGCUUGCGUGACCAUAUUUAAUACACCAUUGAGUGAAAACACAGCAUCUGAUCUGUUAAAACAAGAAUGUAAUAGGAAAAGGAGCUUCACUGCACCUGCUGAAGAUGCUCCCGAGCCUGUGAAAUUGUGGCCACUCAGUAAAAAUACUAUGGGUUUUGAAAUGAUCUCGCAACAACAACUGUCCACUACUCCUAAAAAAUUAUGCUGGCGAUUCAACCAUAAUGAACCUACAGAUUUAAUAGAUUCUGAAGCUGUACAGUUUUAUGGAGCUGAUCAAUUUUCUUUACAAAUCGACUCAAUCAUUAGAUCUGAUAUAUUUGUUGUUG